GGGCCCUGAAAUCCAAAUUUCUUUCAGUGACUGAGGCUCCCAAGUCAGGGGCCUGGGUUUCCCUUCUGGACUGCCUUUGUCAUGCUGUGUGACGGCUGGCAGACCCUGACCAGGGAAAACAUGCCCCUUCCUUUGUGGCUCCUUCGCAGGCGUUCAGAGAAAUGGGAACCAGGCUGCCUGCCCCGCUGCCACUUGACAAGGAACAUCGGUGAAUGCUCUCUGGGACAUUAAAGGCAGAGAAAGCAUGUUAGUCCGGGGCCGCCUCUGCCCUGUGGGACCCUUGGCAGAACCCCAAUGCAGAGAAGCACCCCUAGGAGCCUCGUGGCCCUCUGGCCUCAGAGCCCACGAACCUGUGGCUGGAGAGAAGAGCUGGGUUCCGGUCCCACCUCCACUCCAUACCAGACCACCUUUUGUGGAGACUGAAUGUGGGAGAGCCCUCUGCAAGCUAGGCAUCCCACCGGGAGCAGACAGACAGACUGACGUUGCCGCGUUCAGGGAAGUCCCGUCAUCCCCCACCCUGCUCGUGGCCAUCUCUCCUUGCAGUGACACCGUCACCAUCUCACCUGCCCGAGGGUCCCUGAUGGGCUUGGGUGAUGCCAUCUCACAGCAGCUGGUGGAGAGGCGGGGUCUGCGGGAACACCAGACCCGCCGGACCUUGACCAUGGUGUCUCUGGGCUGUGGCUUUGUGGCCCCUGUCGUGGGAGGCUGGUACAAGGUUUUGGAUCGACUCCUCCCGGGUACCACCAAGGUGGACGCACUGAAGAAGAUGCUUCUGGACCAGGGGGGCUUUGCCCCAUGCUUUCUAGGCUGUUUCCUCCCACUGGUAGGGACACUCAAUGGGCUCUCCACCCGGGACAACUGGGCUAAGCUGCAGCGGGAUUACUCUGAUGCCCUCAUCACCAACUACUACCUCUGGCCUGCUGUACAGUUAGCCAACUUCUACCUGGUCCCCCUUCAUUACAGGUUGGCUGUUGUCCAGUGUGUGGCUGUCAUCUGGAACUCCUACCUGUCCUGGAAGGCACAUCAGCUCUAAGCCAGCCUUGAGCCAUCGUUUCUGCCUGAUGAUGCAGUGUGGCCCUGCCGUGGGUCAGACUGCCUCCAAGACAGCUUCCUGGAGUUGGGCUGCUGGUCAGAACUCAGUGGGGUUAGGACUGCGAAAUGGCCCAUUCCACUUUAAAACAUGAACGGACUCCUUUGGGAAUCACAGAAACCUUGAGACGAGCCUUAUAUGCCCACCACAGAAUAGCCACUCCAGAAGCAUUUAACUCUCUUGACCUGGUCACCUCUACACCCACAUCUUAGCAAAUGCCAUGCCUCCCCACUUUGCCUACCCAGCCCUAGUGUAGCUCUUUGGGGACCUCUCCAGCCCUGUUAAGGUUACCAUGUCUGCACCCUGGGUCCUACAGAGUCGAUGAGUGAAGCUAGUCAGGAAACUGGCAGGGGAGCCAGAAUUUCUGGAGCUGAAAGAAGCCAGCCAUCACCAAGUCCAGUCUUUUUCAAAUGUGGACACUGGGACUCCCACGGACCUGUCACAUCAGGAGCUGCUCUAGUGGCAAAGGAGGGAUUUGAAUGGAAGUUUCCUUACUGGCUUCUCCCUAGAGCGCUCAUCUGGAAGGUCAGAUGUAUCUGACACUGCUGUUUGGGUUCCCACGAAUAAAAUGAAACCUGGCGCUGUUA